GCUUCUGCAGGUGGCUUUUACUCCAAGUGAUGAUGGGGAAAAUCGGCUUCUCCCUGCUCCUCGCCCUGGCUCUGGUGACUGUUGGCACCUCUUCAGAGAGAAAGUGUGACCUGUCCGGACUGUGGCGGAAUGAGCUGCGCUCGCUGAUGGAAAUACAUGAAGUUAACGAUGCAGGAGAAUUCUCCGGCGACUACCUCACAGCGGUGACAGCCACCAGCAACUGUAUCCGCAGGUCGCCCCUGAAGGGAGCCCAGCAUGACACGAAACAGAGGGGCCAGCCGACCUUCGGCUUCACUGUGAACUGGUCCCUCGCAGACUCGACAACCGUCUUCGUGGGCCAGUGCUUCGUGGAUGAUAAAGGGAAGGAAACUCUGAAGACCAUGUGGCUGCUGCGUGAGGAGGUUGGAUCCCCUGGAGAUGGCUGGAGAGCGACCAGGGUUGGCACAAACGUUUUCACCCGGAAACGAAAUGUAGAGCGGGGGAAAAUCCUUCAGCAGCACUCUCCACCCUGCGAUGCUCCAACUCCAACUCCAACAGCACAGUGAACACGCUCUCCAGCUCCACGGUUCCUGUACCCACCCGGUCUUGAAUUGUUCUGGCCUCUCUCGAGCGUCUCGCCCAGCAGAGUCGCCCGUCUCUGUCUCCAUCUCCCCCUCACUCUCUGGUUACCCCCCCAGAAUCGCUGCCUCGCCCCCAACGCUGCAGU